AGAGAGGUUUGUUUUGUUCAUGUGUGGAGAGGUGGCUGCAGUCAGUGAUGAUUUUACAACACGCUGUCUCCUGCUGUUUAAAGUAUUUAGGCUGGGAUGAAAUGUUUUCUAAUAAUUAGUGAUUUUUGUGUUUGUUUAUCACCUGCACGGAGUUCCGUGAAAAGGAAAGCAUCCCUUUUCUGUGUUGAAUUUCACACACAGAGCGGAGCGCGUCAGUCGCAGCUACAGACAAGUCGAGCUUUUCAAUGAGAUGAUUUACUGAGAAACAAACGCGUUGAAGCUCCAGCAGAGCUCUGCGCGAUUCUGAAAGACCAAAGGAAAGUUACUCCUUGCAAAACAUGUUGUUUGUGUUCUUUCUUUAUCACACCAGAAGUGAUGAAUAUAUUUGAACGGGAAGGCUACAGUAAAAAAUAAAUAUUACUAAAUACAAACCGCAGGCGGCGUUUCUGAUUGAAAAGAGGAUUCCGCUAGACCAGUGUGAAACUCAAACCAGUGAAGAUGGACGCGUCAGGGUGUCCGUGUCGCUCUUUCAAGACGAGCUCGCCUCUACCAUCGAGCACGCAGUGAAAGCGGCACUACACACCGUCUUGUGUGCGAUUACUAAAGCUGUCGGCAGCAAAUUCACUGAAUUCAGAGUGGAAAUGGCUGGAAAGGAGAAAGAGAAUGAAAGUCUGAAGCUGAGAUUGGAAAUAUCAGAGAACGAGCUGAAAGCUGUGCGAGGGUGUAUAAACGCUACAGAUGCAGACAUCAAACAACCUUUAAUAUUUCAAGAUCCCAAAGAGAGCCACGCUAUCCCUGAAUCUGAAGCACAGGAGGGGCCAAAGAUAGAAGCAGAUUACACACAAGAGGAGUCCUUUGAGCAGGAGUGCUGCGCAAGUCUAAUGCAGGUUACAGAGCUGGCAUGUGUUAAAGAUGAAGAGGUCCCUCAACAGGAAUGUGUUCCUAUUAAAGAGGAAUUCAUAGAGCAGGAAUGUGUCCCCAUCGCAGAGGAACUUCCUCAUGAAAAUCAUGUCUGUACACUUGAGGAGAACAACAAGCUGGGAUCCAACCUGUAUGAUGACUCUCCAUCUGAAUGUGAACUGGGAUUUAGAGCUUCUAAAGUAGAUGAAGGAGAACACGACUCCACUCUAUCACCCCAGUGCAAAAACUCUUCUAAAGGCAAACCACAGUGCAAGAAACACAGAGAGACGACACCCCAAGAAGAAAAUGUGAAGACAUUGAGAACUCACUCAGUUACAAUCCCUUCUUUACAAGACAGACACCCACUUACUGUGGAGGGUACAGAGACGGCACAUUCUGUGUGUUUUAACAAUUCUGAAACCCAGGGCAACUUGAUGACCUUGCCUCAUUCUAUUAAAGGUGGGAAGAGUUCCUGUCAAUUAGACGCUCCUGAAACUCACAAGGGAAAUCCCACAGGAGGGACUACGUUUUCCUGGGCUGAUUGUGGGAAGAGUUUCAAUCAUAUAUCACUGCUUAAAAGACACCAGCGCAUUCACACAGGAGAGAAACCUUCCCACAUACAGACCAGUGAUAAGAGUUUCACACAGUUAGGAAAUCUUCAUUCACACCAGCGCAUUCACAUAAGAGAGAAACCUUAUCACUGUACUGAGUGUGGGAAGAGAUUAAGUAAUUUAGGAAACCUUAAAAUCCACCAGCGCAUUCACACAGGAGAGAAACCUUAUCACUGUUCUGUUUGUGGGAGGAGAUUCAGUGACUUAGGAUCCCUUAAAAGGCACCAGCGCAUUCACACAGGAGAGAAACCUUAUCACUGUGCUGUUUGUGGGAAGAGAUUCAACCAGUUAGGACACCUUAAAAGACACCAUAACAUUCACAUAGGUGUGUAAUUCUAUCCCUGCACUUAGUGUGAAGAAGUGAAGUCAGUUGCAGACUCUUACAGGACUAGCACAGUAUACCACAGUUAUCAUGCAGGCAGCUUGAAGUGGAAAAUCAAUACUGUUUCCAGCAGGGUGCGCCAGAGAGCUUUUAGCACGUUAAUGGGCUGCAUACCAUUGCUUCUUAACAAGGUGAUUUCUGCUCCUGAUGUGUUGAAUACUCCCCUCUCUCUCUAGUACUGGUCUCUCUGCUGUGCUUGAAAGAGUGACUACAGUUAACUUCAACUUUUUAAAACCUUUAGUCUCCUCUAGUCUUUUUUUUUUGUUCCAGACUGAAUAGAUUUAGUUCCCUCAACUGUUCUCUCAACAUAUUUAGGGUUGGUUGAGUGUACAAGGAAAACAACUGACUCUGGAGAGGAGUUACCAAUCAAUGCCAGCACACUGGAGAUCCAGAAUUCAGAACAUAGAACCAGGGAGGACAUUCGGCCCAUCAGUGCAGCAGCUGAUUGAUCUCAAACCUGUUAAGUCGGGUCUUAAAGGAUCCCAGCCCUAACAACAUGACUUGGUAACCCAUUCCAUCCCUCACCACACUGUGUGAGAAGGUGUCUUCUACCCUCUGUCCUAUGGCUAUUCACACUUAAUUUCCAGCAGUGUCCUCUGGCCCUGGUGUCAGUGCUAUGCUUUGAGGUAUUAGUUUGGGUUAACUUUGUCAACACCUUUCAAGUUUUUAAAGACUUCAGUGAAGUCCGCCUAAUUGUUCUGUGUUCAAGAUAAACAAAUUCAGUACCCUCUUCACAGCGCGUUCCUUUAAGCCCCGGGAUUAGUCUUCACCUUUGCUUCCCCGUUGCUGGUAGAAAUGAGUCUAUCACAACACCAAGGUCUUUCUCUCACACCCACUAUGUAUUUCAAUCCUACUUUUUUCCUACUAAAAAGAGACUUAGUAAUACAAUUGCUAAUGAAAGAAGCAGCUCAACCACAACACCUGGUAUAAUGAACAUGUUUGUGAGCUGAGUGUUUGCAGUACUAUACUGUAGAUAUGAAAUUCCAGAGAAUGCUUCAUUUUGCAUGACUGAUAACUAAUCAUUCUAUUGCCUUUAAUACUGUAUAUGGAGCCACCUGUCUGCACCUGCUGAUCCCAGCACUGAUCCUGCACUGUGUUAAGAGAACAAUGGAGAUCACAGACAGUGUGUCAAUAGAUUUGGAUCAUAGGGUACAGAGGAAAUAGUUUUCAAGUGAAGUAUGGAAAUUUGGAAGAGGAGGGCAUCAGACAGUAUCACAGUGUAGAUAAAGAAAGGGUCCUUGAUGAGGGUUUAGUGGUGAAGGAGUGCAUUUGCCUGGGAGAGGGUAUAAAACAGAGCAGGGUGGAGGGACCAGAGCAGCUGAAGAGUGGAAAAGCAGCAUCAGCACCUUGUCAAGAUGAAAGCCUGGACUACAAGAGCCAUUCUCCUCUCGGUCCUGACAGCAUGGCUUCUGUCAGGGGCUGAUGCAAGGAGCCUCCUUGAGGACUCUGAAGAGCUGGGAGAUGAUGAUUACCAGACCAGCAAGAGAGAACUGGAUCUCAGCAACACUUUGGAAGACUCAGAGGAGCAGGAAGGAGCACUGGAGAACAAGAGAGCACUGGAGGCAGAGGAUUCAGGUGACAGUGAUGCUGAGCUGGACAGUGAUGGACUCAAAGGAGAGCGGGAGUUGGGAGACAAUAUGAUGGAGAAAAGAGCUGACAUGGAUUCUGAAGUGGUCCUGACACAGUCCAUGGUAGUGAAGAAGGAUGCCCUGUCCAAAAGACACUACAGAAGUAAGUGUGUGUCUCUCUGGAGCUGGCUCCUGGUUUGGGUGAACUGCAUGGAUUGUAGACUGCAGGUCAAUUGAUUGAAGACAUUGAGAAACACUUCAGUAUUACAGCAUAUUCUACCAUGGAGUGGUUUCAUAGUUGUGGACAGACUGGGGGAAACACUUUGAAAUGAGCCCCUUGGUGUCUUCAUUAAGCCUGUAACAGCUAUCAGAAUCAACUGAUAUUCUCAGAGGAACAGAAAACAUUCCAGUAAAUGGAACACAAACAUGAAUAUAAAGUGAACUCUUAAAUCCAAUAACCACUGUUUCUGUUUUUCUUUUUCUUUGGAACAGCUUACUGUUGUAAGUAUUUUAUUUAAUUAUGGUACAU